AUGUCAGACCUGAUUGAGCUUCAACGCAACUACGUUUUAUCGUUCAUCAAUGAAAUUCAGACGGAGCAUAACUUAAAGUUCCUGAUCAUUGAUGAUACGGUUGAUGCAUUGUUGGAUACCCUUUUUGCAGAUAGAAGUACGCUAUUACGUGUGGUGACCGCUGUGGACAAAAUUGAUUCGCCCAAAAGAAAAGGUCAACCUUCCGUAGAAGCGAUAUAUCUACUGGAACCCACGAAGUUCAACAUAAAUUGUAUGGAUGCAGACUUUAGCAAUAGACCAGCAAAAUACAAGAGGGCACAUGUCAGGUUUUUGCCAGGAUUCAGCGAUCAUCUGGUGAGGUUUUACGAUUCUAAAAGAUACCUUCCUCAGUAUAUUGGGACUUUAGCACAAGUACAAUGUUCUUUUCAGCCCAAGGAAUCGAUAUUUUUCCAAACAAUAGGCAUUGAUCAGCCAUUACAAGUGUUUUAUAAUAGAGCAUGCACGGAUUUGGUAGAAAGAAGUAUUGCAAAGACGGUUAAUGCGUUACUGAAUCUUUGCAUUGUCACGGGAGAAUACCCUACGGUGCGCUAUUCGCAACCGUCUCCAGAAGUAUUUGCCACGAGCCCUUCCACAAUGCUCGCAAAAAAACUGGCCUUCGAGUUCCAAGAGGCGAUCGACGAUUAUGCCAGAAAAGACGAAAGUUUCCCUCCACCUUCACCGAGACCUCGUGCAGUACUAGUCAUAACCGAGCGUUCUGUGGAUCCAUUUUCGCUUUUCCUACACGACUUCUCGUACCAAGCAAUGGCGUAUGACCUGGUUCCGGAGGUAGAUACUAAAACAGACGUUUACCACUACUUCGCCGAGAAUGAAAAGGGCGAAAAAGAAGAGAAAUUUGCAAAACUUCGUGAGCUUGAUGACCCUGAGUGGGUGGAGCUAAGACAUCAACACAUCAUGGAUGCAACAGAAUACCUCAACGCAAAAGUUAAUGAGCUUAUUGCCAAAAAUCCUUUGUUAGUUGAUCGCGCCAAUGUAAAAACCACAACCGAUCUGCUUAGUGUCGUGGCCCAUCUCAAAGACUUUGAUGAGGAUAGAAGACGUAUCACAUUACACAGGACAUUGAUCGAUCAGUGUCUGAACGUCAACGAAGAGAGGAGGUUAGCGGAGCUUGCUGAUUUUGAACAAGCAAUGGCCGGGCUGGGAUUGGACGCGGAAGGCCAUAAAUUCAAGGCGCCCGCUGAGGCUCUUCUCGAAAAUCUUUUGAGUAAAACUGCCAACAUAACUGACAAAAUCCGCUUCAUUCUCGUAUAUGCUCUUUACCGAGGAGGACUUAUCGAAGAAGAUUUUAUAAAGCUUUUGUCCUUUAUAGGCAUCACAUCCGGCCAUUCAUUCUACAAGCAUUUCAUGACACUGUUUGUCAACUUCCAGUUUCUCGGUUUCAAGCUGGUAAAAGAAAAAGCUGCGGAUAAACCUUACAAGAAGGAAUGGUUACAUGAGACCAUUCUCAAUGAUCCUAAUACUUACAAUACGUCGCGUUUCAUCAACGUGGUGAGCAACAACUUGUCAAAGGUAAUAACGAACCAACUGUUACUGAGUGAAAGUGCAUUCCCUUACGUGAAAGAUAAACCUAUCGAAGUUCUAGAAGAGGAUACGGUCGAUGAUGGCACAUACAGUUAUUCCUCAACCUCUCUAAGGAAUCCUCGGCACAAAGCUUCGUGGACAAGGAAAAACUCUCAAAAUCGAGCACCAAGGCAGAGGUUUUUCUACUAUAGUAUAGGUGGAUUGACCCAUGCCGAAUUAAGAUCCGCCUAUCUUCAAUCUCAACUAAAGAAUAAAGACGUUUUCAUAGGUAGCGAUACCGUACUUUCACCUCUUGACGUGAUGCAGAGCAUCGAAAAGUUGAGCGAACCCAGAGAAUAUCUCAAUUUAAACUUUGAUCGAAAGGAAAAUGAGACUGCUCCUAGUUUUCUAUUUGAUAGAGCCAUUGCACCACCAGUGGCUACCCAGCAUCUCCACAAAGCCUCAAACCAGCGAUCCACCGCGGAUGCUAAGCCUGUGAUGCCGGCGCCUCCUCCACAAGAGAAAAAACGUUCAAAACUUUCAAAGUUCUUGCGGUCGAAGUAG